GUUAUAAUUUUGUUUUCCGUUGAGCAUCAGUCGUUCAUUGAAUUUCGUACUUUUACUACACAGUUAGUUGUGAAACUUUAUCAUGAUUUUAAAUUAUAUAUUUUACUUCUUUUCUUCAAUUUCACUUGUCCAAGGAAGUCAGAAGGCAAUUUGCGAAUUUAUUUAUUCUUCUCCUACCGUUUUUCUUCGAGAAGGGCCAUUCAAAGAUUUCAUUUGCAAUAAUUUCUGCGCGGAUAUUGAAUGCCUUUCACCUCCAAACGAAAAUUGUCAAAUAUUUGAUGUUCCUGGAAAGUGUUGCCCCGCUUUAAAUUGUGCAUGUGAAUUCAAUGGACAAACAUUUGAAGACGGCGAAGAUAUUCCUGAUGAUAAUAUUUGUCAACAGUGCACAUGUUCAAACCAGGAGAAACUUUGUGAAACAAUAGAAUGCGUAGGACCUCCAAGCGAUAACUGUGAACCAGUUGAAGUUGAUGGGCUAUGCUGUCCCGAUUACCAUUGCAACAUACAAUGUGGAUUUAUUGGAGAAAGAUAUAGAAAUGGUCAACUUCUUCCAGACAGUUGUGAAGGAAUUUCGGUUGAAGAAGGACAAUGUUGCGUUCGUGGAAUUGUAUAUCAAAGUGGAGAUAAAAUUCCUGAAAAGGAUCCAUGCAAAUUUUCUGAUUGCUCUGAUGGUUUAUAUUAUGUUGCAUGGGCUGAUUGUGAGUUACCUACACGUGUUGGAUGCCGAGGCAUCGAUAUUCCUUGCCAGUGCUGUCCUGAUAUAGAAUGCCUGUUAGAUGGAUGUGAAUUUAAUGGGCAAAUGUAUGAAGAAUUGGAAUAUAUACCAUCUAGUGUAACAUGUGAAUGGUGUCGUUGCUAUGGAUAUAAUCAAACUGUAUGUCAGAUAGAUUGUUCUGUUGAUGAAGCAAGUCAUAUCGAAUCAUGGGAUUUGACAGGUUUAAUAAUAAGUUAACAAGAACAUUCUAAAUUUAAGUAUUGUUGUAUACUUAAUUUGUUCGAACUUCAAGGUCAACAACAAAAUAAAUGAUGGAUGAAAAUAUAAAUUUAGAGAC